AUGGGAGGCUGUCGACUCAUCAUAUUUUUGCUGGUGUACGCCACGAAUGCAAUCGACAACAACCUGUUCCCGAGGCAACGUUUCGCGUCCACAUCUGUGUGCGAGAGCCCCACUUGCCGAGCAAGAGCUGACCUCAUUUUGGCAUCAGUAAACAUCAGUGCUGACCCCUGCGAAGAUUUUUACGCCUACGUUUGCAACGGCUGGCAAGAUGCCCAUCCUAUUCCUGAAGACUCACCGUUGGUGAGCCCCUUCACAGAGCUGACGCUCAAGGUGAAUAAGGACCUCAAAGAAAUACUGGAAUCGCUUCCCGUUGUGCCUGAAGCUAAGACGGCCAGGGAAAAAGCAGCCGUCGCAUAUCACGCAUGUAUGAACAGCGGCAGCAACGAAAUGGAAAGCAUCAGUGCUGUGAGGCGAGUGCUCGAAUCGAACGGACUAGGUCGAUGGCCAGUCAUGGACGAUGAAGACAUCACUGACAUCGGCAAUCUCGAAGACGUGAUAAGUAUGACUGGGCUGUCGUCUUUGUUCGCCGUCGAUGUCGCCAAGGACAUGGACAAUCUGACUUCCAACAUCCUUCAGCUGGGCCAGAAAAACGACAACAGCCUCGAAUCUCUCGUACGCGGUGUGACGGACCCGACGAGCACUCUGGCCGGUACAUUCAUGGAUGUGACAAAGACAGCAGCGAGGCUGUUGCGACCGAACGCCACGGAGGAGCAACUGGGGACGCACGUCAACACGACGCUUUCAUUCAUGGCAGCGCUGACCGCGGUACAAGCACCGUCCGAGGAGAAGCGCAGGGCAAGAAAUAAUUAUCGGAGGAACACCAUAGAGGAAUUUCAGAGAGAAAUUACCGGUAUUGACCUGCACAGGCUGAUCCGGGACGAAUUCGCCAGGGUAAACAUCACAGUUCCCGCGGAAGAAAAGAUUGUCAUUAACGCCAUUCAACACGUGAACGCGACCGUGCAAGUUUACCUUCAAGCCAACCUUGCAGCGGUGUACAACUACGUCGGCUUCAUGAAGGCCGUGGAGCUCCUUCCACUUGCCUCCAAAGAAUUUGCCUCGCUGGUGGGAAGCCUGCGUCACAUGGUGCUAGGUAUCCAGAACGAAGUGCCACGCUGGAAGCAGUGCGUUGCCCGCGUAGAGCGAAUCAUGAAGGACACCGUCGGACGACUGUACACGGAGUACAAGCUGACGAAGGAGGCGAAGGAUGAGGCGCAGCGUAUUGUCCGCGAGAUAGGCUUGUCUUACUACGAUCGACUGCAGCACAUCGACUGGAUGGAUCGCCAGACGCGGAGAAAAGCCAGAGAAAAGUUGUGGAAGAUGGCCUCUAGGGUUGCUUAUCCAGAUACAUAUCUCAAUGACGAUUACAUCAACAAAAAGUAUGAUGAGGUUGGCGUGGUUACUAGUAAUGAAGAGUUUGUUGAGAUCUCCGAAAGAUUUCAGCGAGCAGCCCAUUUGGAACUCCUGCGGCAACUACGGCUGCCAGUUCGCAAUAAAGACGAGUGGAGCGUAGCAGCCACUGAAGACGCAAAUGCUUACUAUACUCCGGAGACAAAUGAAAUAAUCAUACCGGGAGGAAUACUUCAUGGUCCUUUCUUUCAAGAAGGACUUCCAGAGUACGCCAACCUCGGAGCACUUGGAGCAAUCGUUGGCCAUGAAAUAACGCACGGUUAUGACGACCAAGGUUCCCAGUUUGACGCCGAAGGACGCAUUGUCGACUGGUGGAGCAACAAAACCGAACAGAACUUCAAUGAGAAGAAAGAAUGUUUCAUCAAGCAGUACGGAAGCAUAGUCAACCCACUGACGAACGAGACGAUCCACGGAGAAAACACUGUGGGAGAGAAUAUCGCGGACAACGGAGGGGUGCGCGUUGCCUAUGCGACCUACGAGCGGUUGUCGGAAUCUUCGUUGCCCGAAAAUCUCCCAGGUCUUGAAGACUUCUCUCCGGAUCAGCUUUUCUUCAUUUCUUAUGGCCUGGUUUGGUGUUCAUCGGCACGCGCUGAAGCGAAUUCCAUGAUAAUGACGGACGUGCACAGCCCCAGCCAGUACAGAGUGAACAUACCACUGCGGAAUUUCGAGAAAUUUGCCUCGGCUUUCGAGUGUGGACAAGGGACGCAGAUGCAUUCAUCACAGGAAGAGAAAUGCGUUUUGUGGUAGAAGGACAAUUAAUUUUAAACUCAAUUAAGGCU